AUGGCCUGCGUAGCUGUAUGUUCUCUUAUGAGGACCAUAGAGCUUGAGUUCUUACAAUCUAAGCCUCGUCCAAUCAUACUACAAAAGGAACUCAUCCCUUGCAACAAAGAGUUGAUCCAAUCUCUCCACCAAAAGCUUGGUUUUCUGAUAGAGCUGUUCGAUGAGAACAAAAUGGAUGGUAUUCAAGCAAUUAAAGACUUGGAAACAAAGCUUAGAGAUGUGGCUUUCCGAGUAGAAGAUGAAAUUGAAUUCCAAAUUGCAAAUCUUUAUGAGGAAGAGAAAGAGGAAGAGGAAGAGGAAUUCAGAAUUAUUGGUGCAGACAAAACUUUGGGGGAUAUUAUUGAAGAAGAAGAAGAACCACAAGGCCGCGGGGAUAGUGAUGCAGGAAAAACUUGUCAUUCUUGCAAACUUCAUUGUAUAUUGGAACAAGCAAUAGAGGACAUUGGCACCAUCAAGGAAGAGUUGUGGAAAGUCAAGAUGGAAUACAAGCAUUUCAUAGCCUUGAAAGGAAGGAAAACAACAAUACUUGGUGCUUUUACCAAUGGUGAUGAUGAAGUUAUCAUGGAGGGGGAUUCCUCCGGAAAUGCUUCAAAAAACUCUGAGGGCAUAAUAAUGGUGGGGAAAAACAAUGAGUUCCAAAUGGUGAAGAAGAUGCUAAUUGAACAACCGUCAAGGCAACGAGAAAUUGUCUCGAUUAAAGGUAUGGGAGGUAUUGGCAAGACAACGUUAGCUAAGCGGUUAUAUGUUGAUCCAUCGAUUGCCUCCCACUUUGACAAGCGAGCUUGGGUUGUUGCAUCGCAACAUCAUAACAAGACACAUAUGCUCACAGAUCUUCUUGAAUCAAUAGGCUAUGUAGAUAGUGACACUACAAAGGGCAUAGAGGAAAGAGUAUAUCAAUGUUUGAUGCAUCAAAGGUACUUUAUUGUGAUAGAUGACAUAUGGAGUGACAAGGCAUGGGAUGCUAUCAAAAUUUGCUUUCCAGAUAAUGGAAAUCGUAGUCGAGUAUUGUUGACUACUCGCUUUGCAGAUGUGGCUACUCGUAUUGGCUCUAGAAAAGACUUUUCUCAUCAAAUGCAUUUCUUAGAUCAAAGUGAGAGUUGGAAUUUAUUUCAUGAAAAGGCAUGCAAAUCUCGUGGUGUUAAAUUUAAGAAAAUUGGGAGACCAGUCGUUGAGAAAUGCAAAGGUCUACCCUUGGCAAUUGUUGUGGUUGCGGGUCUAUUUUCCAAAGUCAAUGAACUAGAUGAGUGGAAGAAUAUAGUUGAAACUCUAAAUUCAUUUGCAACAACAACUAUUGAUGAAGAAUGCUCAAGGAUGCUCUCAUCGAGCUAUAAUCACUUGCCUUACAACUUGAAGGCUUGUUUUUUAUAUUUGAGCAUUUUUCCAGAAGAUAAUGAGAUAUAUGUGAAACAUCUUGUAAAAUUAUGGGGUGCCGAAGGACUUGUAAAGGAAUUUGAGAAUAGGAGCCUUGAUGCAGCUACUGAAGGAUACAUUCAAGAACUCAAGGACAGAAACCUAAUUCUUGUAAGCCAGACAAGUUCUUGUGGAAGAAAAAUAAAGGCAUUUAGAAUGCAUGAUUUAUUGCAUUCUUUCUGUGUGAGGGAAGCUAAAAAGGAGAACCUUCUUCAUGUUGUCUAUAAAAAUGAAUCCACUUCCCUUCCAAAAGGUUUCCGUUGGGUAAGCAUCCAAUCAAAUAAUUUUAAAGGUCAUACAUUCUUUUCUUCUUUAAAAAAUUGUCGAUCCAUCUAUUCUUCAAAAAUGAUCCCAUCUUCAUUUUUCAAAUCUUGCACUCUAUUAAGAGUACUCUACAAUAUUGAGUGCAAGAUUGUGAAUCUUGUCCAUUUGAGAUGCUUGUUUUCACAAUUUUCAUAUUUCAUCCUCUUAAAACCAUUCCGUGCUUAG